AUGGAUGAAGGAAAGGAAAAUGCAACAAAACCCCUGCCAAGUGCUGUGAAAGCAGAACUCCACGAUGGCCUUAGCAAAGUACUGCAAGGAUCUGAACAGGAGGAGGUGGUGAACAACAAAGGCAGUGUGCUGGAAGACAGCCCUGUGCUCUCCAAACAGCAGAGGACUUUGAAGGAGAAGUCUGGGAGGGUCACCAGCUGGCUUGGGCAAAAACCUGCCAAGAAAGCGAGGCUGAAAGCUCGUCUGCUGAGCGUGGCACGCGCAAUUGGUAUUUCGAGAUGGCUCUUGAAGAAAUUUGGGAAGAGGAAGAAGAGCAGCAAACCUUUUGGAUUCAGAACGUGGCUGAACUCGGAGCUGCUGCUGCCACACCUGACCAUCGAGAACCUCAGCAAGUGGGCCGUCUACAAGGACCCCCAGCUGGCCAGCAGCCGGGUGGGGAAGGUCUUCAAGGAGCAGUGGGAGGCAGAAGACGCCACUGACAAUGUGCCAGAGAUGGAGUUCCUGCAGAAACAGGUGUACAGGUGUGAAGAUCUCUGUGCAGAAAUUGAGGAGAUUGAAGACCUAACCAGACUGGAGGAAGUCUGUGAGAGCUCAGUCCUGCUGUGCCUGAAGAAGAGGUUCCACCGCAAUCUCAUUUAUACUUACAUUGGGCAAAUUUUGGUUUCUGUGAAUCCUUUCAAAGACCUCAGUAUCUACUCUGAAGAUGUGGCUGCCCAGUACCAUCAGGGGACUCUCUCAAAGAAUGCCCCGCACAUCUUUGCCAUAGCAGAAAUGGCCUACACGCUGUCCCAGUCGUCAGGGCAGGAGCAGUGUCUUCUUACCUCUUGUUCCUCCAGUGGACACAGUGGAUCAGGUAAAACAGAAGCUGCCAAAGCAAUUGUGCAAUACCUGACCCUGCUGUACCAGAGAUCAGACAGCCACAGGCCCUGCAAUGUCCUACCCAUCCUGGAGAGUUUUGGAAAUGCCAAAACCAUCCUCAAUGACAACUCAAGCCGUUUUGGAAAGCUCCUGAAUGUCCACCUGCGACAUGGUGUCGUGGUAGGAACAUCCAUCUCCCAGUACCUGCUGGAGAAGUCUCGAGUGGUAUUUCAGGGCAGAACGUGUGACAUCCUGGGGAAGGAGGACAGUCAGGACUUUCUGGUCUUGGUGCAAGCUCUGGAGGGAAUCUGCCUCUCAGAGGACCAGCUGAGCUCCACCUGGGCUGUCCUGGCUGCCAUUCUGCAGCUGGGGAACAUCUGCUUUACCUCCUGCGAGAAAGAAUCCUACGAACACGCUGCCAUUGCCAGUGACACUGAGAUCCAGAUUGUGGCCAAUCUGUUGUGUGUCUCAGCAGAUUUCCUGCAAAGUGCUGUCACUCACCGUGUCACUGUGAGUACCUUUUUGGUGACAUCUUAUGACCGGAUCUUCACCCCUCUGUCUGUAGAAGGAGCCAUCGAUGCCAGGGACUCCAUUGCCAAAACUCUGUACUACCUGCUUUUUGAGUGGCUGCUGCUGAGGAUCAACGAGUGGUUGGCUCCCUGGGAAUCAGACUGUGCCGUGGGAAUUGUGGACAUCCAUGGUUUUGAGGAUCUCGGGGUGAACAGCUUGGAGCAGCUCUGCAUCAACUUUGCCAAUGAGCACCUCCAGCAGUUUUUCAGUCAGACUGUCAUUGCCCAGGAAGAGGAGGAGUACAGCCAAGAGCAGUUAGCUUGGAUUCCUAUUUCCAAGAUGUACAGCGAGUCGUGCCUCGAUUUCCUCACUGCAAAGCCCCACGGCCUCUUGUGUAUCCUGAAUGACCAGACAUCACUGACUCAGGCCACAGACCACACUUUCCUCCAGAAGUGUCACUACCAUCAUGGAAACAGCCCCUGGUACACCAAGCCCAAGCUGCCCUUGCCAGUGUUCACUGUGAAGCACUACGCAGGCCCUGUCACCUACCAGGUCCACAAGUUUCUUAAUAAAAACCGUGACCAGCUGCGUCCAGAGGUGCUGGACAUCUUCUCUCAGAGCCGCCUCAAGGUGGUGUCUCACAUUUUCCAGAAGGCUAAAGCUGCCCACAGUCAGCAAAGGAAGCUGGGGCCGAGAGGCAAAGGGCUCAAGCCUCAGACCUCCACACUGGUGUCCAAAUUCCAGCAGUCUUUGCAGGACCUCACAGCCAAGCUGAGAAGGAGCCAUGCCUUCUUCAUUCGGUGCAUCACCCCUAAUCCCAAAAAGCUGUCAAAUAUCUUUGAUGUGGAGUAUGUCACUUGUCAGCUGCGACAUUCUGGGAUCCUGGAGGCUAUCCACAUCAGAAAGGAGGGAUACCCCAUCCGUCUUCCAUUCCAGAACUUCCUGGCCAGGUAUGGGCUGCUGGCAGGGCGAGGGCUCAGCUGCCUGGAGGACAGAGAAGGCUGUGCAGCAGUGCUGGCUCAUGUGCUGGGGAGCCCCUCGGAGCUCUAUCAGAUUGGACUGACAAAGGUCUUUCUGAAGGAGAAGGCCAGGCAGCUGCUGGAGCGACGAUGGAUGCAGAGGCAGAGCUGGGCUGUCGUUACUCUGCAGAGGAAAUUCCGGUGCCUCCUUCACCGCAGACGCCUCCGUGUCCUCCAGGAGAAGGUCACAGUCAUUCAGGCUCACUUCCGAGGCUACCAGGCAAGGAAGCGUUACAGGAGGCUGAAGAAGACUUUGGUGCAAUUUAACACCAUGAUUUUAAUCGCCAGACCUUUGGUUCAAAGGAGGAAGCGCUGCCAGCAGGAGUUAGAGGAAAGGAAACGAAGACUGAGAUCCCUGGCCAGUGGUGACACAGAGGACAGUCCCAACCAAGGAAUGGACGUGGGGCUGCUGGAGAUCCCUGCAGAGCUCGCAGCCCUCCUGCAGCUUGUUGAAGGUCGACACCGAGCACAGGCCAACCAGAUAACCGAGGCAUUGCCUCCAGAAGUCAAAGUCAAAGAUGACCUUUCCCUCCCGCCCACCAUCAACAGCUAUCCCUUCUCCUCCUUCGUGAAGUCACACUUCCAGAAGCCAGAAUUCCCUGCCCUUGGUCAGCCUCUGCAUCAUCCCUUAACCCGUCUGGGUGCUGAACACCACGAGAGUGCACUCGAGAUCAACAAACUGAUUUUGCGGUUCAUUGGUGACAAGAGCCUCCAUGGCUGGCAGGAGGUGCUCCUGGGCAACUUCAUCGCCGGCAGAGGUUUGAGUAACGCGGCUCUGCGCGACGAAAUCUUCAGCCAGCUGGUUGCCCAGACAUGGAAGAACCCAGACGUGGAGCACAGCCAGCGGGCCUGGGUCCUGAUGGCAGCUUUGCUGAGCUGCUUUGUGCCUUCGCCAGCACUGGAGAAGCCCUUGCUGAAGUUGGUGUCAGACCAUGGCUUGGAGGGCUACAACGCCGUCUGCCAGCGCAAGAUCUUGACAGCGGCACAGCACACAGAGACGGGCUCUGCGUCCUCUCGGGCCUUCCCUCCCACUCAGCUGGAGUGGACAGCAAACCAGAGGAGAGGGAAGAUGGUGCUGGAUGUUCAUACCUUUAAUGAGGAGACGUUCUCAGCUGAGGUGGAGUCCUGGAUGACUGGGGAGCAGCUUGCAGCCUGGAUUCUAAGUGCGAGGGGCUGUGAUAAGAAGACUCGAGGGUGGUCUGUCUCCAUGUUAACUGGCAACACAUGGCAGGACCUGCUGGGCUGUGACUUUGUGCUGGACCUCAUUGGAGAGAUGGAGGAGACCAGCAACUUCAGCAGCUCUUCCCAGUCCCCAGCUGAGUUCCCCAUCACUUCAGAAAGCGACAGGAGCACCUACCAGUUCUCUGACCUGGAUUCGAUCCCUCCUGCUCCAGGCAUCCAGGCCCCUGCCUUCCCACCCCCUAGCCUGCCUCCAGAAUUCAUGGAUUUCUAUCCAGAUCCAAGGAUUAGAGAUGACCUGGGGACCCCUGUAGGCCUGGAUCACUAUGUGGAUGAUCUUUUCAGCCCUGUGCUGCAUCAGGGCUCCAGACUACCAGAUUUGGAGAACAGGGACGUUCUCACUGGACGCAUGAAAGGAGGUGGGAAGAUUGGACCCACAGGGAGAGGAAUCCUUCCUUCUGCAGGCUUCCCUGGAAUGGCUCAAGCACCAGUUUACCAGCCCAUGCCUUCCAUGAUGGGGGUGCCAGCAGCCAUGCCCAUGGUGCCAGGGGCUGGUGGGAUCGCACCCGUGCCAGCCAUGGUUAUGCCCCCACCCGUGGUUCCGGCUGUGGAUCCCAACCAGCUGGCAGCACAGCAGCAAGCCUUUAUCAACCAGCAAGCCAUGCUCAUGGCCCAGCAGAUGACCCUUCAGGCCAUGAGCAUUUCCCAGCAACAGCAGCAGCAGCUGCAAAAGUCUCUUGAGAAGUCCAGGCCGAGAGUCUCAAGUCCGCUACAAGCCCGAGCCCCAGCCACUCCCCCAAAACCCAAGAAGCCUUCCACAAGCCAGGAUGCUGCACCACCACCAGAGUCUUCAGAACCACCAGCUAAGGGUAAUGACUACACACAAGACGAGUUCUCCAGCAGUGAAGAUGAAGACUCUCCUCGGGAAACCUUCCAGCAGAAGAGACAAUACUUCCAGAAGAUGGGAGAGCAGCAUAUCCGAGUGAAGAAAGUCAGGCCUCCUACCAAAACCUGGACUCCACCAGCAAAGCCCCAGCCAGAGCAGAAGGAGGAGAAAAAAGAGGAGCAGAAGGUGAAAGAAGUGAAGCCUGACCCCAAACCAGAGGCAGCUCCUGCUGCCCCCGUGCCAUCUGCUGAGCCAAAGCCAAUAAAGCAGACACCAAAAGUGAAGAAGGAGCCACCUGUAGUGAAGCCUUCAGGCCCUGAGUCGCGUCCUGCGCCGAGCCGCGAGAUCGGCAACAUCAUCAAAAUGUACCAGAGCCGACCGGCCCCGGAGCCCCAGCCCAUCGAGCCCGUGAGGAAAGUGCCCAAGCCCUUUAUAAAGAAGAAUGACCCCAAAAAUGAGGCUCUGGCCAAGCUGGGAAUGAUGAACCCCUCGUCUCGCCCAUCACCAUCUCCUGCACCACAAGAGAAGAAAAUACCUCCACCUCUCAAGCCCAAGCCAGGCUCAGCUUCCAGCUCUAUCAAGGAGAAGCAGUUGCCUCUCCUGUCCAUCUUCAGGCCAGAUGAUACCCCACCAGCAUCUGAGAGCUCUCCUGCUCCCCCUGCUCCCCCAGCACUGCCUUCACCUCUAAAGCCUGAGGACCAAGACAGGCAGCAAUCCACAGGGAAGGACUCUGCUGUAACAGUAGCAGAUGAUGAUGGCAUCAAGACCCAGCUGUACAAGCUCACCACCAGCGUCAGCUUCUCCUAUGCAGACCCUGCCUGGAAAAUCUUCCUGCGCAAAGAGGUGUUUUACCCCAAAGAAAAUUUCAGCCACCCUUACUGCCUGAACUUGCUGUGUGAACAGAUCAUCCGUGACACCUUCUCCAACUCCUGCUUUCGGAUCUCCAAGGAGGAGAAGCGCAAGAUGAAAGACCUGCUGACGGAGUUCCGGGUCAGCAACGAUGUCCAGUCCAUUAAGGAGGAUGGAAUAAAGAAGAGGAUUGUACUGGCUGCUCGGGAUAACUGGGCCAAUUAUUUCUCCCGCCUCUUCCCUGUUCGUGGUGAAGAGGGAAGUGAUGUGCAGGUCCUGGGUGUUUCUCACCGGGGCAUUCGGCUGCUGAAGGUGGAGAAAGCAGCCGGGUACAAUCCUGAGCACCUCAAGAUUCUUCGCAGCUACUGCUUUGCAGAUGUGCUGUCAGUGGAGCUGAAGGGCAGCAGUGCCCUGGAGUUCUCCCUGAAGACAGAGCAGCUCUUCCUGCACUCUCUGAAGGCUCCAUGCAUCAAGGCCAUGGUGGAACUCUUCAUGCAGGAGCUGAGGCAGGACACCAACUACGUUGUUGCUCUGCGCAGCUACGUCGUGGACGACAAGAGCCUCCUCAGCUUCAGGAAGGGAGACCUCAUUGAGCUGCUGCCCAUGAAAGGCGUGGAGCCAGGCUGGCAGUUUGGCUGCACUGGUGGUCGCUGUGGUCUCUUCCCCACCAACCUGGUGCAGUUGGCUGCAGCCCCUGAUUACCUCAGCAUCAGCAUGGACAGACAUGGAGAGCUACGGAAGAGAAGGAAAUCUUCCCCACAGAGCAGGAACACCAGCAGGGAGAGUUCUGUUCCCAGCCUGACAUCAGAACCCGACAGCACCAUGUUAAUCCCUGCUGGUGAUCGCUAUACCAUGACUGACUUCGCCACAGCCUAUUUCCGGGAGGCUCAGUCCAUGCAGGGACUGCAGGGAAUGUCUGCUGAAAAGAAGAGCAUAGCUGGCCUGGUCCGGCACACCAAGGUCCCAAUCCAGGAGUCUUUGCUCCUGUACUCUGACAGUGAGCUGAAUGAGCUGGCUACAAAGAACUUCCAGACGCUGAUGCGGCUCAUGGGGGAUCAGUCCAAGCACAAGGACCAGACUGAGGUUGAAUGCACCUACGAAAUCCUUAAGCUGUGCAAGGAGAAGGAGCAUUUGCACGAUGAGGUUUACUGCCAAGUCAUCAAACAGGUCACCCACAACCCUAACCAGCAGAGCAUGCUGCGUGGCUGGUUGGUCCUGAAUCUGCUAACUGGAUACUUCCUCCCUACUAAAACCCUGAUGCCCUAUGCCACCAAGUUCCUGCAGCUAGCCAGCAGUGAUCCAUCCAGCACCCACCAUGAUAUAGCCAAGGUCUGUCAGAGCAACCUGCGGAAAACCUUCAUGUACGGGGGCCGCCGAAACCUUCCCUUCCCUGUGGAGAUGGAGGCACUGCUGAAGGGGCACGGUGCCCGCCGGCUGGUGAUACUGAUGCCUGGAGGCAUGGAAUACGUCACCAGGAUCAAGACAUUCACGGUGGCCAAGGAGCUCUUGCAGGAGAUCUGUGAGCAGAUGGGAGUUGGUGAACAGGAAGAGAUACAGGACUUUUUUCUUUUUGCUAUCAGGACUGACAACAAAAAUCUUGGUAGAAUAGUGAAGCCAAUAAAACCAGAGGAGUAUCUCCAUGAUUACCUGCUGGAGGACAAGAUGGUCACGGUGACUUUGCGCAGGCUCACCUGGAAGGCACCUCUGCACUUCGAGAACCAAAUCUACACAGACGUCCACUAUGGACAGGUGCUGUGGGAUUACCUGAAUGGGAGGAUGCUGCUGAGCCAGAGUAAAGAAAUGGAGAUGCAGGUGGGCCUUUUGGCAAUGCUCCAGCACUGGGCCAAGCCAGAGCAGCAGAACUCGGCUCCCUCUGGGGAGGAGCUGAAGAAAUGCACCCCCAAGACCCUGCAGCACUCCAUCAGUUCCACGGCUCUGGAGAACCAGGUUGCCACAUUGCUGAGGACAAGGCAGCCCCUCCAGCCACUGGAUGCAAAAAUCCAGUUCAUAGAGCAUGUGAUGAAGUUGCCCUUCUUUGGCUACACCAUGUUCAUGGUGGAGAGAGUCAGCGACAACAAGAUCCCUGUGCCCUGUUUCCUUGGUGUGAAUAAAGAGGAGAUCAUUGUGGUGAAUGGCAUCACCCAGGCCGUGUCCCAGGUCAUUCCCCUGAAGGAGGUGCAGAAGAUGCGCACCCUGAAGCCCAUGCUCAAAGAUGGACUUCCCGGCUUGGAGCUGAACUUUGGAUCACCUGCCACCCCCAAGACUUUGUGGGUUGAACUGCAACAGGCUAAAGAACUGUACCACAUGCUUGUCGUCAUCCUGGACAAAACAGAGCUCCACUCCUAGAGCCCAAAAGGAGGAGACUGACCAAGGAAAACAGCUGUGCCUCUCUUCCUUUGAACCUGAUCAGUGCUCUCUGACCUGUCUUCUGGAGAGAACACUUCCAAAAGACAGCCAUGACCUCAGACAGCUGCUUUCUAGGGCUGCCACCACAGUGUUUGUUGAUGGACUGGACAAUAAUCUCACCCCUGGUGACCUGCCAUUCAGUCCCCAAGUACUUCCUUGAAGCAAUCCAUGCUGUGGACUAACAAACCACAAGGCCCUCUCCACACCACAGUUCCAAAAAGGAGCAGCUGAACCAAUGCAAGCACUUGCCUUCAAGCAAUGCAGUGUGGAACUCCUCUUUUCUUAUUUUUUUUUUUAAUUAAUUAACAUUAGCAAAGCCUAGUGCUUGCUAGAGAUUUGUGCAUCCCAGUGCCCAGCUGAGGCUAUGCAAUGCCUGCACUGGCUGCUGGUGUUUUCCAGAGGCCAGUUUUGUCUCUGCAUUGAUAUGCAUAAGGCCCUGGAGCAGGACUGGUGAGGCAGGAGUUUAUAGAAAGCACCUUAAUUGAAAAGCAGAUCAGUGUUAAUAAUACAAUUAGCACAUAUGCUGGGGCAUGGAUCGAGCUGCAAUGGUAAGAAAGUUUAUUGUUAAUUAAUUUCUCACUGACAUAAUUACAUGCAUCUGCUUCCCUCUACUAUAAAGGAGUCAGUCAUGUCCACGCAGCUGUCAGGCUUCAGUGAUGGCUCCAUGCCCAUGGAGGAAGAAGCAUAUUCAAACAGGACUUGUGUAUUAUAGUAGAGUGUUUUGGGUUGUACAAAAAUGCCUAAUUUAUUUUUAUUGCCCUUUAGGAAAUUGCAAUAAAGUAAUCACAGAUAUGU